AUGGCAGCCUCCUACACCAACCGAAGGUCUCCUCUGCAAUACAACACUCAACUCCCGCAGAUAACCGGGCCUACUGCUGCGUAUCCUACCUAUCCAGCAGAUACUCCUUCUACAUAUCAGACUCCUCAACAGAGCACUCCAUCAACCUUCGAACCAGGUCAAUUUCAACAGACUUCUCAAGUUUCCACUCCAUUCCCUCGUGUGACAGGAUGUUCUCCAGCUCGGGGCUCAUCGAACACCGAUUUCACUAUUGUCGUUUCCUCUACGACCGACUUGACAAUGGACAAGAACAGGACUUAUAGGGUGAUGUUUGGAUCCAAGAGAUGUCCAGUCUCUAUCCAGAAGGCCUCUGCUAUCGAUGGCUUCAUGUCUUUCAACCUUCUGACCAAAGUUCCACCAAGCUCGACAACUGGAUGGUAUGGCGAGAAGGUUCCAGUUUACUUCAACGUUGAGGACGAGCACGGCAUGGAAUUGAACACCGAAGAAAUUACCGAAUUCAUCUAUACCGAUGUUUCGCCACCACAAUCUUAUGAGUCAUCUCCUACACCAGAUGGCUCGGGCAGAAAGCGAAGACUCUCUAGCGGUGCUAAGGACAUUGCCAGCGAUAUCUACAAGAUGACUGUUAAACGACCAGCUCUCCAGCCAAGAAUUCCAGGAAAGGAGGAGGAUUACGCCAUCUAUUCUUAUCCCUCGGUCAGCGGUUCUUCUUUCCCAUCAUACACACAAACCGCCAUCUAUGGAGAUGCCAGCCGACCAGCUUCGUGGAAUGUCGGCUCGACUUCAGACCACGUCGGAAACCCAACAUUGGUUAGGACCUCGACUCUUCAACAAUCACAUGGAUCUUUCAACCCAUACCAGCUCCCACAGAAGGCCAACCUCGCUCUCCAGGGAGACUUGAACUCGAUGGCCGAGAACUGGACUGCUGAAGAGUGGCAAAACAAGCGUCGACUGGUUCAGUUCCGUCGCACUCAACGAGGCAACACAGUCGAGGCUAGCUUCGCACCGGUCAGCCCGAGCGAACGCCAAGCAAACAGCAUCUGCAUCAGCUGUAUCUGGUGGGCGGAGCGACAGGAGACAUUCGUCACCAGUGUCGACUGCAUCUACCUUCUUGAAGCUCUCGUCGGUGUUAGGUUCACCGUCGAAGAGAAGAACAGGAUCAGGCGAAAUCUCGAGGGGUUCCAUCCUUUGACCGUCUCCAAGGCUAAGGCCGAUAGCGAACCAUUCUUCAAGCUCAUCAUGUCUUUCCCAAACCCAAAGCCCAGAAACAUCGAGAAAGAUGUCAAGGUUUUUCCAUGGAAGAUUCUCACUUUGGCUCUUAAGAAAAUUAUUGGCAAAUACUCCGCCAGCUAUUCGUCGACAGCUUCCGUGAUGAGCCCACCAAUGGGUUCUUCCGGCCCAAUGAUUCAGAAUGCAUCCCCUCGUUCUAGCUCGACUUCUCCUUCCGUUCCUCAGCGUGCUACUGCCAGCGUCUCGCCACCCGCCGCUGCACAUGCUUAUCCUCAACAGAUCGAUCGCCCAGCAGUUACCCGUGCUGAUGUUCUCUCCGGCCACUUGCAACCUGGCAUGGCACUCCCAGCCGCCACAUGGGCACCGCUUCCUCACCAUGUUCCUGCGAUCUCGACACAGCAACAUAUCCCAAGAACAUCAUGGGAUGGGAUGGGCCGACAGAACCUUGAGAUUCCUCCAGUCUAUGCCGAUAACGUUCCGACUGUACCUCAACAAACGAUGCAUAACCUUGCUUACCAGCAAAGGUUGCCAAACCCAUACCAAGGCAGCGUCGACGGAAGCCAACAGCUCCCGCGACACAACACCUACUCGAUGUCCUAA